AUGGUGGAACACGAGCAAGAUUGGAUCACAGUGGCAAGGCCCCAUGAUGGUGAAAAUAUUCUGGUUUCUGGGCAAGUUGCUCGCCCAGAAUGUUCCCACACUCGAACAAUCACCAUGUUUUUGACUGGGAGGUCCCUCCCACACUUCAAAAAGAAGUCUAGCACCCCGGCUCCUGCAACCAAACAUUUAUCCUUGAGUGUUAUGGCCCCAUGGGUCUCUCUACCAGGUGAUGAUGUGCCUUUGCCUCUAUUGCUCCUCGAUGCUUGGGUGGCCCAGUGCCAAAUCAGUUUGAAAGGUGCUUGGUUUUUCCCUCAGGCACAAGAUUUGAUGGUCUGCGAAAUCAUUGUGCCAUUGGAUCGUUGGUGGCAGGACCAACUACUUGUAGUGUUUCGGUGUCGAUUUCCAGAGGGAAAUCUUGGCGAUAAGGCAGGUUGGACAGUCUCUGUCUGUGAGCAUGGAAGCCAGAGCGCUCUAGAGCUAGCAGGCUACAUCGAUCUAUUUCGUGUUUAUACUAAAUUCACGAUUCAAGAGGGCUGCAUUAAGUAUGUGGACACAAUGAAAGAUAUCGAUGCACAAGCUUUACCCUCUUGA